CGUCGUAAUCCAGACUGGAAGUAUUCAUCGGCACGCAACCCAUUCCACAGACGUCUAUCGAUACCCAAAUUCAAUUAGCUACGAAGUAAGAAGAGCACUCGACAGCACUCACCUGAGCUUGUACCGCAACACAAUCCCGCCAUGGCCUCAGCCGUCUUGAUCGGCAGCACCGGCCUCGUCGGCUCGCACAUCCUCAGCACGCUGCUCGCCGAUACCUCGGCCAGCGCAUACAGCGCGGUGCACACCAUCUCGCGGCGGCCGCCCAAGUCGACCGGCGCCAAGCUGCACGCCGUGGUCGACGGCGACACCACGCAGUGGGCCGCCAAGCUCUCGGCCAUCACGCCGGUCCCGUCGACGGUCUUCUCGGCGCUCGGCACCACGCGCGCGCAGGCCGGCGGCAUCGCGAACCAGUGGAAGAUCGACCACGACCUGAACGUCGAGCUCGCGCGCGCGGCCAAGGCGGCCGGCGUGCGCCGCUUCGUCUUCGUCUCGAGCGGCGGCACCCGGGGCCUGCUCAGCAGCGCCGUGCCCUAUAGCAAGAUGAAAAUCGGCGUCGAGGACACGGUCAAGGAGCUCGGGUUCGACACGGCCAUCAUCCUGCGCCCGGGCCUGAUCUUGGGCGAGCGCGAGGUGCCGCACCAGGGCGGGCCGCUUCUGAACGGCAUGGCGCGGGGGCUGGGGAGGAUUUUCGGGCUGGGCCUGCGGGACAAGUUUGCACAGGAGGCCGAAGUGAUCGCCCGGGCGGCGGUGCAGGCUGCGAGGAUUGCGGAGGAGGGGAAGGCGCCGGCCAAAUACUGGGUGUUGGAGCAGAGCGACAUUGUGAGGCUAGGACGGACCGAGUGGAAGAGUUAAAGGUGGCUUACGGACACGCGUGGGAGUGGCUGAGUAGGCUGAGGAAGCAGGCGGUUUGUAUUGUAUGAGAUUGAUGGGUUUAAUGUUGUCUCGCAUGUACGAUCACCCGCAGACUGGUCUCAAACCACAGAUUUGAUUUUUUGCAGCUUGAAUCCGUGUUUGUCCCAUCAGCUCAUGGUGGCCGGAAUAGGCACCCACUACUUAGCUCUCUGUAAGUAAGACGGGGCUUCUGGACCUGCCGUCCGAUGCCGACGAAUCCAUGUGGCAUCUGCGUAUAAGAGCGCCUCUCCCGCCGCCAACAAUA